AUGGCUGCCAACAAGAGGAAGAAGAACUCUUUGGUCUUGCAUCAGGUGAUCAUGGUUGGCAGUACAGGGGUCAGUCAGUUGGCCCUGGUGCUUCAGUUCACAUAUGAGAAGUUUGUAGGAGACCAUGAGCCUUCCAAAGCUGAUAGUUACAGAAAGAGAGUAGUUCUGGAUGGAGAGGGUCUGGACUCUGCUACACAAGAGGAAAAUAUAGCUAUUCAAGACAACUACUUCCAGAGCGGGAAAGAGAAAGUCUUCCUGGUGUUCUCAGUCACCAAACAUGAAUACUUCACACCAACUGUGGAAUGCUGGAGAUAGGUUCUCUGUAUGAAGUCUAAAGAAGAUAAGAUCCCCAUGAUUGAGGCAAACAAGUCCAACUUGGAAGAGUGGAAGCAAGUGCCCAUAGAGAAGGCCAGGAGUAAGAUGAAGCAGUGUUCAACGCAUGGAGACCUUCGCAAAAACAUGGUCAAGGUGUUUAUUGAUCUAAUGAGAGAAAUCAAGGCCAAGAUGUCAGCAAGCAAUGACAAGAGUGGUAAGAAAAAUUUUAAAGUUCACAUAUAUUGCCAAAAGAUGUCUACUCUCUUGGAAAACAUCACUGCCAUCAUUGAACUUUUCCAUCAAUAUUCACAAAAAGAUAAAGACACCGACACACUAAGCAAACAAGAGCUGAAGGAACUGCUGGAGACGGAGUUUCGGGCAAUUCUAAAGAACCCAGAUGACCCAGAUACUGCUGAUGUAUUCAUGGAAAUCCUGGAUGUAGACCACAAUGACAAAAUAGAUUUCACAGAGUUUUUACUGAUGAUAUUCAAGUUGGCGCAAGCUUAUUACCAGUCCACCAAGAAGCAGAACUUCCACACAUCAGAGCGAAAGCACAGAAAGCAGAGUCACAGAAAUGAAGAAAAAGGGCAUGAGACAGAGGAAGAAUAUAGAAGAUCCACAAAGGAACACGGAAGAGUUAGGGGAAGAAAGAAUAGGGAAAGAUCAAACACCCCAACAGAAAGAGGAAAAAAGAGACAUGGGUCAACCUCAAGAGGACAAGGGAAAGGAGAUGACACAACCACACAUGGAGAAACAGAAGGAUACAGAAGAAAACAUCAUGAUGAAACGGGAAAGCAAAGCAAGCGAUCUACCUGCAGGGAAAACAGAAGAAAGAAUCACAAAACAAACACAAGAGGACAUACAAAACAAGAAACAGAAGAAGAUGAAAUCUACUUUGACCAGGAAAUACAAUACUAUCCAAAAUGCGAGGAAAAUCAAUAUGAUGAUAGAUACUAUGUGAAGGAAAAUGAUGAAGAAUCAAUAACACAAACAGCAAGUAACAGAGGACAACAACAAAAUCACCAUGAAGUGUCAGGAGAUGAAGUUACACAUGUAGAAAACAGGGUAGAUCAAUCUGCAAGGGGAAGAGGAAGACACCAGAGAACCAGAUCCGGUCAGGCCAGCGACAGCGAAGGCCAUUCUGAAGACUCGGCCAGACACACCACAGCCACCCAGGGCCGCCAGGCGUCCGGCUCCCGCAGCCAGCAGGGGCAGGGGCAGGGGCAUGGCCACUCAGCUGACAGCUCCCGGCACACGGGGCAGCAGCACCAGCAGCAGCAGGGACAGGCGUCCAGACACAGGCAGACCGACGUGGCCCACGGACAGGAAGGGUCCAGCAGGAGCCAAAGGCACCAACAGUCAGCAGACAGCUCCCGGCACUCAGCCACCACACAAAGGCAACCCACCAGGCAGACCAGUGCACACAGGCAGCGCGACUCCAGUGUCAGCCAGGCCAGUGACAGCGAGGGGCAGUCUGUAGACUCCGGCAGUGAGGCAGGGUCGGCCCACGGACAAGGUCGCUCUUCCUCCGGCCACAGGGAGCAGCAAGGACAGGCACAGCAAGCAGGAGGCUCCCGCUACUACCACCUCUACCAGGUCUCCCAGCACCAGCAGCCCGAGGCAGCCCACGAGCGCCAACGAUCUGGCACCAGGACCGAUCAGGGAGCCCGUCACCAACAGCACCAACAGCAGGGCUCCCGGCACACGCAGACCCACGAGGCUCAGGAUUCUGCUCGUGGACAGCACGAGACCAGCCAGGGGCGCUCAGGCUCCAGAGGGAGACAGGGCACCCGCCACCAGCAGGCCCAGGACAGCGCCAGGCACUCCCAGUCCCCCGAGGCCCACACCUCCUCUCAGGGACACUCAGCAUCCAGCAGAGGGGGCAGGCAGGGCCAGCGCCACGAGCAGUCACCAGACACCUCUGCUCACUCUGGGUCUCACCAACGGGAAGGCUCCAGCCACGCCCGAGCCCAGUCCGCCCAUGGACACUCUGAUGCCGCAGCCCGGGGCACACAAGGGUCCAGCCACGGACAGCACGCAGACAGCUCCAGAGCCUCAGGCUCGCGUCGUGCCCAGCCUGAAGCCUCCCACGGGCAGUCAAGGCACAGCCAGCGGGGAAGGCACGAGCAGUCUCCAGACAGCGCCACACACUCUGAUGCCGAACACGGACACUCCACCUCCAGGACACAGAGACACCAGAGACCCAGCUCUGGUCAGGCCAGCGACAGCGAAGGCCAUUCUGAAGACUCGGCCAGACACACCACAGCCACCCAGGGCCGCCAGGCGUCCGGCUCCCGCAGCCAGCAGGGGCAGGGGCAGGGGCAUGGCCACUCGGCUGACAGCUCCCGGCACACGGGGCAGCAGCACCAGCAGCAGCAGGGACAGGCGUCCAGACACAGGCAGACCGACGUGGCCCACGGACAGGAAGGGUCCAGCAGGAGCCAGAGGCACCAACAGUCAGCAGACAGCUCCCGGCACUCAGCCACCACACAAAGGCAACCCACCAGGCAGACCAGUGCACACAGGCAGCGCGACUCCAGUGUCAGCCAGGCCAGUGACAGCGAGGGGCAGUCUGUAGACUCCGGCAGUGAGGCAGGGUCGGCCCACGGACAAGGUCGCUCUUCCUCCGGCCACAGGGAGCAGCAAGGACAGGCACAGCAAGCAGGAGGCUCCCGCUACUACCACCUCUACCAGGUCUCCCAGCACCAGCAGCCCGAGGCAGCCCACGAGCGCCAGCGAUCCGGCACCAGGACCGAUCAGGGAGCCCGUCACCAACAGCAACAGCAGGGCUCCCGGCACACGCAGACCCACGAGGCUCAGGAUUCUGCUCGUGGACAGCACGAGACCAGCCAGGGGCGCUCAGGCUCCAGAGGGAGACAGGGCACCCGCCACCAGCAGGCCCAGGACAGCGCCAGGCACUCCCAGUCCCCCGAGGCCCACACCUCCUCUCAGGGACACUCAGCAUCCAGCAGAGGAGGCAGGCAGGGCCAGCGCCACGAGCAGUCACCAGACACCUCUGCUCGCUCUGGGUCUCACCAACGGGAAGGCUCCAGCCACGCCCGAGCCCAAUCCGCCCAUGGACACUCUGAUGCCGCAGCCCGGGGCACACAAGGGUCCAGGCACAGACAGCACGCAGACAGCUCCAGAGCCUCAGGCUCGCGUCGUGCCCAGCCUGAAGCCUCCCACGGGCAGUCAAGGCACAGCCAGCGAGGAAGGCACGAGCAGUCUCCAGACAGCGCCACACACUCUGAUGCCGAACACGGACACUCCACCUCCAGGACACAGAGACACCAGAGAACCAGCUCUGGUCAGGCCAGCGACAGCGAAGGCCAUUCUGAAGACUCGGCCAGACACACCACAGCCACCCAGGGCCGCCAGGCGUCCGGCUCCCGCAGCCAGCAGGGGCAGGGGCAGGGGCAUGGCCACUCGGCUGACAGCUCCCGGCACACGGGGCAGCAGCACCAGCAGCAGCAGGGACAGGCGUCCAGACACAGGCAGACCGACGUGGCCCACGGACAGGAAGGGUCCAGCAGGAGCCAGAGGCACCAACAGUCAGCAGACAGCUCCCGGCACUCAGCCACCACACAAAGGCAACCCACCAGGCAGACCAGUGCACACAGGCAGCGCGACUCCAGUGUCAGCCAGGCCAGUGACAGCGAGGGGCAGUCUGUAGACUCCGGCAGUGAGGCAGGGUCGGCCCACGGACAAGGUCGCUCUUCCUCCGGCCACAGGGAGCAGCAAGGACAGGCACAGCAAGCAGGAGGCUCCCGCUACUACCACCUCUACCAGGUCUCCCAGCACCAGCAGCCCGAGGCAGCCCACGAGCGCCAGCGAUCCGGCACCAGGACCGAUCAGGGAGCCCGUCACCAACAGCACCAACAGCAGGGCUCCCGGCACACGCAGACCCACGAGGCUCAGGAUUCUGCUCGUGGACAGCACGAGACCAGCCAGGGGCGCUCAGGCUCCAGAGGGAGACAGGGCACCCGCCACCAGCAGGCCCAGGACAGCGCCAGGCACUCCCAGUCCCCCGAGGCCCACACCUCCUCUCAGGGACACUCAGCAUCCAGCAGAGGGGGCAGGCAGGGCCAGCGCCACGAGCAGUCACCAGACACCUCUGCUCACUCUGGGUCUCACCAACGGGAAGGCUCCAGCCACGCCCGAGCCCAGUCCGCCCAUGGACACUCUGAUGCCGCAGCCCGGGGCACACAAGGGUCCAGCCACGGACAGCACGCAGACAGCUCCAGAGCCUCAGGCUCGCGUCGUGCCCAGCCUGAAGCCUCCCACGGGCAGUCAAGGCACAGCCAGCGGGGAAGGCACGAGCAGUCUCCAGACAGCGCCACACACUCUGAUGCCGAACACGGACACUCCACCUCCAGGACACAGAGACACCAGAGACCCAGCUCUGGUCAGGCCAGCGACAGCGAAGGCCAUUCUGAAGACUCGGCCAGACACACCACAGCCACCCAGGGCCGCCAGGCGUCCGGCUCCCACAGCCAGCAGGGGCAGGGGCAGGGGCAUGGCCACUCGGCUGACAGCUCCCGGCACACGGGGCAGCAGCACCAGCAGCAGCAGGGACAGGCGUCCAGACACAGGCAGACCGACGUGGCCCACGGACAGGAAGGGUCCAGCAGGAGCCAGAGGCACCAACAGUCAGCAGACAGCUCCCGGCACUCAGCCACCACACAAAGGCAACCCACCAGGCAGACCAGUGCACACAGGCAGCGCGACUCCAGUGUCAGCCAGGCCAGUGACAGCGAGGGGCAGUCUGUAGACUCCGGCAGUGAGGCAGGGUCGGCCCACGGACAAGGUCGCUCUUCCUCCGGCCACAGGGAGCAGCAAGGACAGGCACAGCAAGCAGGAGGCUCCCGCUACUACCACCUCUACCAGGUCUCCCAGCACCAGCAGCCCGAGGCAGCCCACGAGCGCCAGCGAUCCGGCACCAGGACCGAUCAGGGAGCCCGUCACCAACAGCAACAGCAGGGCUCCCGGCACACGCAGACCCACGAGGCUCAGGAUUCUGCUCGUGGACAGCACGAGACCAGCCAGGGGCGCUCAGGCUCCAGAGGGAGACAGGGCACCCGCCACCAGCAGGCCCAGGACAGCGCCAGGCACUCCCAGUCCCCCGAGGCCCACACCUCCUCUCAGGGACACUCAGCAUCCAGCAGAGGAGGCAGGCAGGGCCAGCGCCACGAGCAGUCACCAGACACCUCUGCUCGCUCUGGGUCUCACCAACGGGAAGGCUCCAGCCACGCCCGAGCCCAGUCCGCCCAUGGACACUCUGAUGCCGCAGCCCGGGGCACACAAGGGUCCAGGCACAGACAGCACGCAGACAGCUCCAGAGCCUCAGGCUCGCGUCGUGCCCAGCCUGAAGCCUCCCACGGGCAGUCAAGGCACAGCCAGCGAGGAAGGCACGAGCAGUCUCCAGACAGCGCCACACACUCUGAUGCCGAACACGGACACUCCACCUCCAGGACACAGAGACACCAGAGACCCAGCUCUGGUCAGGCCAGCGACAGCGAAGGCCAUUCUGAAGACUCGGCCAGACACACCACAGCCACCCAGGGCCGCCAGGCGUCCGGCUCCCGCAGCCAGCAGGGGCAGGGGCAGGGGCAUGGCCACUCGGCUGACAGCUCCCGGCACACGGGGCAGCAGCACCAGCAGCAGCAGGGACAGGCGUCCAGACACAGGCAGACCGACGUGGCCCACGGACAGGAAGGGUCCAGCAGGAGCCAGAGGCACCAACAGUCAGCAGACAGCUCCCGGCACUCAGCCACCACACAAAGGCAACCCACCAGGCAGACCAGUGCACACAGGCAGCGCGACUCCAGUGUCAGCCAGGCCAGUGACAGCGAGGGGCAGUCUGUAGACUCCGGCAGUGAGGCAGGGUCGGCCCACGGACAAGGUCGCUCUUCCUCCGGCCACAGGGAGCAGCAAGGACAGGCACAGCAAGCAGGAGGCUCCCGCUACUACCACCUCUACCAGGUCUCCCAGCACCAGCAGCCCGAGGCAGCCCACGAGCGCCAGCGAUCCGGCACCAGGACCGAUCAGGGAGCCCGUCACCAACAGCAACAGCAGGGCUCCCGGCACACGCAGACCCAAGAGGCUCAGGAUUCUGCUCGUGGACAGCACGAGACCAGCCAGGGGCGCUCAGGCUCCAGAGGGAGACAGGGCACCCGCCACCAGCAGGCCCAGGACAGCGCCAGGCACUCCCAGUCCCCCGAGGCCCACACCUCCUCUCAGGGACACUCAGCAUCCAGCAGAGGAGGCAGGCAGGGCCAGCGCCACGAGCAGUCACCAGACACCUCUGCUCACUCUGGGUCUCACCAACGGGAAGGCUCCAGCCACGCCCGAGCCCAGUCCGCCCAUGGACACUCUGAUGCCGCAGCCCGGGGCACACAAGGGUCCAGCCACAGACAGCACGCAGACAGCUCCAGAGCCUCAGGCUCGCGUCGUGCCCAGCCUGAAGCCUCCCACGGGCAGUCAAGGCACAGCCAGCGAGGAAGGCACGAGCAGUCUCCAGACAGCGCCACACACUCUGAUGCCGAACACGGACACUCCACCUCCAGGACACAGAGACACCAGAGACCCAGCUCUGGUCAGGCCAGCGACAGCGAAGGCCAUUCUGAAGACUCGGCCAGACACACCACAGCCACCCAGGGCCGCCAGGCGUCCGGCUCCCACAGCCAGCAGGGGCAGGGGCAGGGGCAGGGGCAGGGGCAUGGCCACUCGGCUGACAGCUCCCGGCACACGGGGCAGCAGCACCAGCAGCAGCAGGGACAGGCGUCCAGACACAGGCAGACCGACGUGGCCCACGGACAGGAAGGGUCCAGCAGGAGCCAGAGGCACCAACAGUCAGCAGACAGCUCCCGGCACUCAGCCACCACACAAAGGCAACCCACCAGGCAGACCAGUGCACACAGGCAGCGCGACUCCAGUGUCAGCCAGGCCAGUGACAGCGAGGGGCAGUCUGUAGACUCCGGCAGUGAGGCAGGGUCGGCCCACGGACAAGGUCGCUCUUCCUCCGGCCACAGGGAGCAGCAAGGACAGGCACAGCAAGCAGGAGGCUCCCGCUACUACCACCUCUACCAGGUCUCCCAGCACCAGCAGCCCGAGGCAGCCCACGAGCGCCAGCGAUCCGGCACCAGGACCGAUCAGGGAGCCCGUCACCAACAGCAACAACAGCAGGGCUCCCGGCACACGCAGACCCACGAGGCUCAGGAUUCUGCUCGUGGACAGCACGAGACCAGCCAGGGGCGCUCAGGCUCCAGAGGGAGACAGGGCACCCGCCACCAGCAGGCCCAGGACAGCGCCAGGCACUCCCAGUCCCCCGAGGCCCACACCUCCUCUCAGGGACACUCAGCAUCCAGCAGAGGAGGCAGGCAGGGCCAGCGCCACGAGCAGUCACCAGACACCUCUGCUCGCUCUGGGUCUCACCAACGGGAAGGCUCCAGCCACGCCCGAGCCCAGUCCGCCCAUGGACACUCUGAUGCCGCAGCCCGGGGCACACAAGGGUCCAGCCACAGACAGCACGCAGACAGCUCCAGAGCCUCAGGCUCGCGUCGUGCCCAGCCUGAAGCCUCCCACGGGCAGUCAAGGCACAGCCAGCGGGAAAGGCACGAGCAGUCUCCAGACAGCGCCACACACUCUGAUGCCGAACACGGACACUCCACCUCCAGGACACAGAGACACCAGAGACCCAGCUCUGGUCAGGCCAGCGACAGCGAAGGCCAUUCUGAAGACUCGGCCAGACACACCACAGCCACCCAGGGCCGCCAGGCGUCCGGCUCCCGCAGCCAGCAGGGGCAGGGGCAGGGGCAGGGGCAUGGCCACUCGGCUGACAGCUCCCGGCACACGGGGCAGCAGCACCAGCAGCAGCAGGGACAGGCGUCCAGACACAGGCAGACCGACGUGGCCCACGGACAGGAAGGGUCCAGCAGGAGCCAGAGGCACCAACAGUCAGCAGACAGCUCCCGGCACUCAGCCACCACACAAAGGCAACCCACCAGGCAGACCAGUGCACACAGGCAGCACGACUCCAGUGUCAGCCAGGCCAGUGACAGCGAGGGGCAGUCUGUAGACUCCGGCAGUGAGGCAGGGUCGGCCCACGGACAAGGUCGCUCUUCCUCCGGCCACAGGGAGCAGCAAGGACAGGCACAGCAAGCAGGAGGCUCCCGCUACUACCACCUCUACCAGGUCUCCCAGCACCAGCAGCCCGAGGCAGCCCACGAGCGCCAGCGAUCCGGCACCAGGACCGAUCAGGGAGCCCAUCACCAACAGCAACAGCAGGGCUCCCGGCACACGCAGACCCACGAGGCUCAGGAUUCUGCUCGUGGACAGCACGAGACCAGCCAGGGGCGCUCAGGCUCCAGAGGGAGACAGGGCACCCGCCACCAGCAGGCCCAGGACAGCGCCAGGCACUCCCAGUCCCCCGAGGCCCACACCUCCUCUCAGGGACACUCAGCAUCCAGCAGAGGAGGCAGGCAGGGCCAGCGCCACGAGCAGUCACCAGACACCUCUGCUCGCUCUGGGUCUCACCAACGGGAAGGCUCCAGCCACGCCCGAGCCCAGUCCGCCCAUGGACACUCUGAUGCCGCAGCCCGGGGCACACAAGGGUCCAGCCACAGACAGCACGCAGACAGCUCCAGAGCCUCAGGCUCGCGUCGUGCCCAGCCUGAAGCCUCCCACGGGCAGUCAAGGCACAGCCAGCGAGGAAGGCACGAGCAGUCUCCAGACAGCGCCACACACUCUGAUGCCGAACACGGACACUCCACCUCCAGGACACAGAGACACCAGAGACCCAGCUCUGGUCAGGCCAGCGACAGCGAAGGCCAUUCUGAAGACUCGGCCAGACACACCACAGCCACCCAGGGCCGCCAGGCGUCCGGCUCCCGCAGCCAGCAGGGGCAGGGGCAGGGGCAGGGGCAGGGGCAUGGCCACUCGGCUGACAGCUCCCGGCACACGGGGCAGCAGCACCAGCAGCAGCAGGGACAGGCGUCCAGACACAGGCAGACCGACGUGGCCCACGGACAGGAAGGGUCCAGCAGGAGCCAGAGGCACCAACAGUCAGCAGACAGCUCCCGGCACUCAGCCACCACACAAAGGCAACCCACCAGGCAGACCAGUGCACACAGGCAGCGCGACUCCAGUGUCAGCCAGGCCAGUGACAGCGAGGGGCAGUCUGUAGACUCCGGCAGUGAGGCAGGGUCGGCCCACGGACAAGGUCGCUCUUCCUCCGGCCACAGGGAGCAGCAAGGACAGGCACAGCAAGCAGGAGGCUCCCGCUACUACCACCUCUACCAGGUCUCCCAGCACCAGCAGCCCGAGGCAGCCCACGAGCGCCAGCGAUCCGGCACCAGGACCGAUCAGGGAGCCCGUCACCAACAGCAACAGCAGGGCUCCCGGCACACGCAGACCCAAGAGGCUCAGGAUUCUGCUCGUGGACAGCACGAGACCAGCCAGGGGCGCUCAGGCUCCAGAGGGAGACAGGGCACCCGCCACCAGCAGGCCCAGGACAGCGCCAGGCACUCCCAGUCCCCCGAGGCCCACACCUCCUCUCAGGGACACUCAGCAUCCAGCAGAGGAGGCAGGCAGGGCCAGCGCCACGAGCAGUCACCAGACACCUCUGCUCACUCUGGGUCUCACCAACGGGAAGGCUCCAGCCACGCCCGAGCCCAGUCCGCCCAUGGACACUCUGAUGCCGCAGCCCGGGGCACACAAGGGUCCAGCCACAGACAGCACGCAGACAGCUCCAGAGCCUCAGGCUCGCGUCGUGCCCAGCCUGAAGCCUCCCACGGGCAGUCAAGGCACAGCCAGCGAGGAAGGCACGAGCAGUCUCCAGACAGCGCCACACACUCUGAUGCCGAACACGGACACUCCACCUCCAGGACACAGAGACACCAGAGACCCAGCUCUGGUCAGGCCAGCGACAGCGAAGGCCAUUCUGAAGACUCGGCCAGACACACCACAGCCACCCAGGGCCGCCAGGCGUCCGGCUCCCACAGCCAGCAGGGGCAGGGGCAGGGGCAGGGGCAGGGGCAUGGCCACUCGGCUGACAGCUCCCGGCACACGGGGCAGCAGCACCAGCAGCAGCAGGGACAGGCGUCCAGACACAGGCAGACCGACGUGGCCCACGGACAGGAAGGGUCCAGCAGGAGCCAGAGGCACCAACAGUCAGCAGACAGCUCCCGGCACUCAGCCACCACACAAAGGCAACCCACCAGGCAGACCAGUGCACACAGGCAGCGCGACUCCAGUGUCAGCCAGGCCAGUGACAGCGAGGGGCAGUCUGUAGACUCCGGCAGUGAGGCAGGGUCGGCCCACGGACAAGGUCGCUCUUCCUCCGGCCACAGGGAGCAGCAAGGACAGGCACAGCAAGCAGGAGGCUCCCGCUACUACCACCUCUACCAGGUCUCCCAGCACCAGCAGCCCGAGGCAGCCCACGAGCGCCAGCGAUCCGGCACCAGGACCGAUCAGGGAGCCCGUCACCAACAGCAACAACAGCAGGGCUCCCGGCACACGCAGACCCACGAGGCUCAGGAUUCUGCUCGUGGACAGCACGAGACCAGCCAGGGGCGCUCAGGCUCCAGAGGGAGACAGGGCACCCGCCACCAGCAGGCCCAGGACAGCGCCAGGCACUCCCAGUCCCCCGAGGCCCACACCUCCUCUCAGGGACACUCAGCAUCCAGCAGAGGAGGCAGGCAGGGCCAGCGCCACGAGCAGUCACCAGACACCUCUGCUCGCUCUGGGUCUCACCAACGGGAAGGCUCCAGCCACGCCCGAGCCCAGUCCGCCCAUGGACACUCUGAUGCCGCAGCCCGGGGCACACAAGGGUCCAGCCACAGACAGCACGCAGACAGCUCCAGAGCCUCAGGCUCGCGUCGUGCCCAGCCUGAAGCCUCCCACGGGCAGUCAAGGCACAGCCAGCGAGGAAGGCACGAGCAGUCUCCAGACAGCGCCACACACUCUGAUGCCGAACACGGACACUCCACCUCCAGGACACAGAGACACCAGAGACCCAGCUCUGGUCAGGCCAGCGACAGCGAAGGCCAUUCUGAAGACUCGGCCAGACACACCACAGCCACCCAGGGCCGCCAGGCGUCCGGCUCCCGCAGCCAGCAGGGGCAGGGGCAGGGGCAGGGGCAUGGCCACUCGGCUGACAGCUCCCGGCACACGGGGCAGCAGCACCAGCAGCAGCAGGGACAGGCGUCCAGACACAGGCAGACCGACGUGGCCCACGGACAGGAAGGGUCCAGCAGGAGCCAGAGGCACCAACAGUCAGCAGACAGCUCCCGGCACUCAGCCACCACACAAAGGCAACCCACCAGGCAGACCAGUGCACACAGGCAGCACGACUCCAGUGUCAGCCAGGCCAGUGACAGCGAGGGGCAGUCUGUAGACUCCGGCAGUGAGGCAGGGUCGGCCCACGGACAAGGUCGCUCUUCCUCCGGCCACAGGGAGCAGCAAGGACAGGCACAGCAAGCAGGAGGCUCCCGCUACUACCACCUCUACCAGGUCUCCCAGCACCAGCAGCCCGAGGCAGCCCACGAGCGCCAGCGAUCCGGCACCAGGACCGAUCAGGGAGCCCAUCACCAACAGCAACAGCAGGGCUCCCGGCACACGCAGACCCACGAGGCUCAGGAUUCUGCUCGUGGACAGCACGAGACCAGCCAGGGGCGCUCAGGCUCCAGAGGGAGACAGGGCACCCGCCACCAGCAGGCCCAGGACAGCGCCAGGCACUCCCAGUCCCCCGAGGCCCACACCUCCUCUCAGGGACACUCAGCAUCCAGCAGAGGAGGCAGGCAGGGCCAGCGCCACGAGCAGUCACCAGACACCUCUGCUCGCUCUGGGUCUCACCAACGGGAAGGCUCCAGCCACGCCCGAGCCCAGUCCGCCCAUGGACACUCUGAUGCCGCAGCCCGGGGCACACAAGGGUCCAGCCACAGACAGCACGCAGACAGCUCCAGAGCCUCAGGCUCGCGUCGUGCCCAGCCUGAAGCCUCCCACGGGCAGUCAAGGCACAGCCAGCGAGGAAGGCACGAGCAGUCUCCAGACAGCGCCACACACUCUGAUGCCGAACACGGACACUCCACCUCCAGGACACAGAGACACCAGAGACCCAGCUCUGGUCAGGCCAGCGACAGCGAAGGCCAUUCUGAAGACUCGGCCAGACACACCACAGCCACCCAGGGCCGCCAGGCGUCCGGCUCCCGCAGCCAGCAGGGGCAGGGGCAGGGGCAGGGGCAGGGGCAUGGCCACUCGGCUGACAGCUCCCGGCACACGGGGCAGCAGCACCAGCAGCAGCAGGGACAGGCGUCCAGACACAGGCAGACCGACGUGGCCCACGGACAGGAAGGGUCCAGCAGGAGCCAGAGGCACCAACAGUCAGCAGACAGCUCCCGGCACUCAGCCACCACACAAAGGCAACCCACCAGGCAGACCAGUGCACACAGGCAGCGCGACUCCAGUGUCAGCCAGGCCAGUGACAGCGAGGGGCAGUCUGUAGACUCCGGCAGUGAGGCAGGGUCGGCCCACGGACAAGGUCGCUCUUCCUCCGGCCACAGGGAGCAGCAAGGACAGGCACAGCAAGCAGGAGGCUCCCGCUACUACCACCUCUACCAGGUCUCCCAGCACCAGCAGCCCGAGGCAGCCCACGAGCGCCAGCGAUCCGGCACCAGGACCGAUCAGGGAGCCCGUCACCAACAGCAACAACAGCAGGGCUCCCGGCACACGCAGACCCACGAGGCUCAGGAUUCUGCUCGUGGACAGCACGAGACCAGCCAGGGGCGCUCAGGCUCCAGAGGGAGACAGGGCACCCGCCACCAGCAGGCCCAGGACAGCGCCAGGCACUCCCAGUCCCCCGAGGCCCACACCUCCUCUCAGGGACACUCAGCAUCCAGCAGAGGAGGCAGGCAGGGCCAGCGCCACGAGCAGUCACCAGACACCUCUGCUCGCUCUGGGUCUCACCAACGGGAAGGCUCCAGCCAUGCCCGAGCCCAGUCCGCCCAUGGACACUCUGAUGCCGCAGCCCGGGGCACACAAGGGUCCAGCCACAGACAGCACGCAGACAGCUCCAGAGCCUCAGGCUCGCGUCGUGCCCAGCCUGAAGCCUCCCACGGGCAGUCAAGGCACAGCCAGCGGGGAAGGCACGAGCAGUCUCCAGACAGCGCCACACACUCUGAUGCCGAACACGGACACUCCACCUCCAGGACACAGAGACACCAGAGACCCAGCUCUGGUCAGGCCAGCGACAGCGAAGGCCAUUCUGAAGACUCGGCCAGACACACCACAGCCACCCAGGGCCGCCAGGCGUCCGGCUCCCGCAGCCAGCAGGGGCAGGGGCAGGGGCAGGGGCAUGGCCACUCGGCUGACAGCUCCCGGCACACGGGGCAGCAGCACCAGCAGCAGCAGGGACAGGCGUCCAGACACAGGCAGACCGACGUGGCCCACGGACAGGAAGGGUCCAGCAGGAGCCAGAGGCACCAACAGUCAGCAGACAGCUCCCGGCACUCAGCCACCACACAAAGGCAACCCACCAGGCAGACCAGUGCACACAGGCAGCGCGACUCCAGUGUCAGCCAGGCCAGUGACAGCGAGGGGCAGUCUGUAGACUCCGGCAGUGAGGCAGGGUCGGCCCACGGACAAGGUCGCUCUUCCUCCGGCCACAGGGAGCAGCAAGGACAGGCACAGCAAGCAGGAGGCUCCCGCUACUACCACCUCUACCAGGUCUCCCAGCACCAGCAGCCCGAGGCAGCCCACGAGCGCCAGCGAUCCGGCACCAGGACCGAUCAGGGAGCCCAUCACCAACAGCAACAGCAGGGCUCCCGGCACACGCAGACCCACGAGGCUCAGGAUUCUGCUCGUGGACAGCACGAGACCAGCCAGGGGCGCUCAGGCUCCAGAGGGAGACAGGGCACCCGCCACCAGCAGGCCCAGGACAGCGCCAGGCACUCCCAGUCCCCCGAGGCCCACACCUCCUCUCAGGGACACUCAGCAUCCAGCAGAGGAGGCAGGCAGGGCCAGCGCCACGAGCAGUCACCAGACACCUCUGCUCGCUCUGGGUCUCACCAACGGGAAGGCUCCAGCCACGCCCGAGCCCAGUCCGCCCAUGGACACUCUGAUGCCGCAGCCCGGGGCACACAAGGGUCCAGCCACAGACAGCACGCAGACAGCUCCAGAGCCUCAGGCUCGCGUCGUGCCCAGCCUGAAGCCUCCCACGGGCAGUCAAGGCACAGCCAGCGGGGAAGGCACGAGCAGUCUCCAGACAGCGCCACACACUCUGAUGCCGAACACGGACACUCCACCUCCAGGACACAGAGACACCAGAGACCCAGCUCUGGUCAGGCCAGCGACAGCGAAGGCCAUUCUGAAGACUCGGCCAGACACACCACAGCCACCCAGGGCCGCCAGGCGUCCGGCUCCCGCAGCCAGCAGGGGCAGGGGCAGGGGCAGGGGCAUGGCCACUCGGCUGACAGCUCCCGGCACACGGGGCAGCAGCACCAGCAGCAGCAGGGACAGGCGUCCAGACACAGGCAGACCGACGUGGCCCACGGACAGGAAGGGUCCAGCAGGAGCCAGAGGCACCAACAGUCAGCAGACAGCUCCCGGCACUCAGCCACCACACAAAGGCAACCCACCAGGCAGACCAGUGCACACAGGCAGCGCGACUCCAGUGUCAGCCAGGCCAGUGACAGCGAGGGGCAGUCUGUAGACUCCGGCAGUGAGGCAGGGUCGGCCCACGGACAAGGUCGCUCUUCCUCCGGCCACAGGGAGCAGCAAGGACAGGCACAGCAAGCAGGAGGCUCCCGCUACUACCACCUCUACCAGGUCUCCCAGCACCAGCAGCCCGAGGCAGCCCACGAGCGCCAGCGAUCCGGCACCAGGACCGAUCAGGGAGCCCAUCACCAACAGCAACAGCAGGGCUCCCGGCACACGCAGACCCACGAGGCUCAGGAUUCUGCUCGUGGACAGCACGAGACCAGCCAGGGGCGCUCAGGCUCCAGAGGGAGACAGGGCACCCGCCACCAGCAGGCCCAGGACAGCGCCAGGCACUCCCAGUCCCCCGAGGCCCACACCUCCUCUCAGGGACACUCAGCAUCCAGCAGAGGAGGCAGGCAGGGCCAGCGCCACGAGCAGUCACCAGACACCUCUGCUCGCUCUGGGUCCCAUCACCCUCAUACAUCUCCCCAUGAAAGCUCAGCCUCUGCCCAUCACAGGUCAGAUUCCAGAGGCCCAUGUAUGGAUCUAGCCUUGGCUGGAGACAUGGAAGCUAUGGGAGUGCAGAUUAUGAAUAUGGAGUCGGAUCGCGCUAACAGGAUGAAAAAUAAGAAUCCAUAA